UUCCACAAUGUUGAGAGGAGUCACUCAUGGUGCAAAAGAUACAUUUACUGUUCUGUUGACAAGAUCCCAGUACUGUAACACGAGAUUCAACUUUUCAUCAGUAUGGACUGAAGUAGCACACAGAAGCUUCCCAGCACAUUCCAGUUACACAACUGAUAAAAAAUCAAGAGAGGAAAAUAAAAAAACCAUUGAGAGUCUCUACAGGUUGUCAGUUGACAUCAAGAAAAUACGCAGACUAAAGGAAUGGGUCCUUCUCCAGGAUGUGGCCUAUGUUAAAGAAACUGCUGGUAUCUUGCAGGAAAUGGGAGCGGAUGAGGCGGCUGUAGCCAACAUUUUGGAACGCUGUCCAGAGGCAAUUCUCCAUACCCCCACAGAGAUAAACUCUCAAAGAGCUCUAUGGCAAUUAGUAUGCCAGAAUGAAAAACAGCUGAUUAAGUUAAUAGAGCAAUUUCCAGAGUCUUUUUUUACUACUAAAUAUCAUGAGAACCAGAAGGCAAAUAUACUGUUUUUUCAAGAGUUGGGACUCAAGAAUAAUAUAAUCACCAGGUUCUUGACAAGCACACCCAAUAUUUUCUAUAAUCCUGUUGAAAAAAACAAAAAUGUGAUAGAGACUUUACAAAGAAAUUAUUUAAGUUUAGGAGGUUCUGAUGCAAAUAUGAAGAUCUGGAUACUGAAGCUAUUGAGCCAAAAUCCAUUUAUUUUAUUAAACACCUCCACCUCCAUCCAAGAGAGCUUGGAAUUUCUCCAGAAGAAUGACUUCACUGACCAUGAAGUUCUACAGCUGCUGUCCAAACUCAAAGGUUUUAUUUUUCAACUUACUCCUACUACUAUGCAGAAGAGUAUGCUUUUUUCCAAAAAUGUCUUUAAGUGCAGUGAUCAAGAAUUGAAACAGCUAGUGUUGAAAUGCCCAGCCCUUUUCUACUAUUCUGUUCCAGUUUUGGAAGAAAGACUUGAAGGACUCCUGAAGGAAGGCAUUUCCAUAGAACAGAUUAGAGAGACACCGAUGGUGCUGGAGUUGACAACACAAAUUGUUCAGUACCGAAUUAAAAAACUCUCUGCUUUGGGAUAUGAUAUAAAGAGUGGAACUCUAGAAAGCUUGAUUGGUACUAAGAAAGAUUUUGAGGUCAGUUAUGGAAAGAUACAAUCAAAGAAAGAGAGACCAAUUUUUAAUCCUGUUGCUCCUAUAAACAUUGAAGAUUAA